CCGCUGCAGGGGCGGGGCUUGCGGGGCGGGGGCCGGGGCGGGGGACCCUUCGUCCCCGCGCCGAUCCCCGCCGGCCCGGGCGUCCGUGGCGGCGCGGCCAUGAAGCUGAAGCUGAAGCUGAAGAACGUCUUUCUCGCCUACUUCCUGGUGUCGAUCGCGGGCCUUCUGUACGCGCUGGUGCAACUCGGAUGCUGAACAUUUUAUGGUUCUCUGUCCCCACUCCCUUUCCCUAUUGGUGCUUCCUGGGACCAGGCCAGCCAUGUGACUGCCUCCCUCCCCUGCGGGCAGCAGCUGAGCAGCUCCGGCAGAAGGAUCUGAGGAUUUCCCAGCUGCAAGCAGAUCUCCGUCGCCCACCCCCUGCCCCUGCCCAGCCCCCUGAACCUGAGGCCUUGCCUACUAUCUAUGUCAUUACCCCCACCUAUGCCAGGCUGGUGCAGAAGGCGGAGCUGGUGCGGCUGUCCCAGACCCUGAGCCUGGUGCCCCGGCUACACUGGCUGCUGGUGGAGGACUCCGAGGGCCCUACCCCGCUGGUCUCGGGGCUGCUAGCUGCCUCCCGUCUCCUCUUCACACACCUAGCCGUCCUUACCCCCAAGGCCCAGCGGCUUCGGGAAGGAGAGCCAGGCUGGGUUCGGCCCCGUGGUGUAGAGCAGCGAAACAAGGCCCUGGACUGGCUCCGGGGAAGAGGGGUUGCAGUGGGAGGGGAAAAGGACCCACCAGCACCAGGGACCCAGGGAGUCGUGUAUUUCGCUGAUGAUGACAACACCUACAGUCGGGAGCUCUUUGAAGAGAUGCGUUGGACCCGAGGUGUCUCAGUGUGGCCCGUAGGGCUGGUGGGCGGCCUGCGAUUCGAGGGCCCUCGGGUACAGGAUGGCCGGGUUGUGGGCUUCCACACGGCAUGGGAGCCCAACAGGCCGUUCCCUGUGGACAUGGCGGGAUUUGCUGUCGCCCUGCCCUUGCUGUUGGCUAAGCCCAAUGCCCAGUUUGAUGCCACUGCUCCCCGGGGCUACCUGGAGAGUAGUCUCCUGAGCCAUCUCGUGGAUCCCAAGAACCUGGAGCCGAAGGCUGCCAACUGUACGCGGGUGCUGGUGUGGCACACACGGACAGAGAAGCCCAAGAUGAAGCAGGAGGAGCAGCUGCAGCGGCAGGGCCGGGGCUCAGACCCAGCCGUUGAGGUGUGAUGGAGGCUCACUCCGGCUUCGACCUCACUUUAGGCACAGACCUCGUGGGAUUGGGCCCCAGGCCUAUCCAACACGUGCUACUGCAAGUCUUGACCCCUUAGCAGAGCGGCUCCUCUGGCCCCAGGACGUGGUGUACCGCCUUCUCCCUUCCCCAGCCUGCCAUGUGGAACUGUCCACAGGCUGGGGACAAGCAGCUGUUGUGUGGAGCCAGGUCAGCUCUGCCUGGGGUGGAGCAGGACAGAUGGACUCAGCAGGGAGGGUGGCUGAGGAACUGGGUAACUUAUUGGGGCUGGGCAUGCACUGGGGGGGCUGGAGGAGCUGGGCUGGACCCUCCCCACCUGAGCAUGCGGACCCCUUCCUACCUCCAGAAUAAACAAUCUCAAUCUGAA